AUGUCUUUACAAAUUAAAACUACGUUUUUUCGUCAAAGCUCCGACGGUCAAGAAUUAGAUUGGAUCGAUCGUCGGAGAAUUCCUAUCCAAAAAUCAAAUAUCACUUGCUCACCAACAAUAGUUCAAGACACACCACAUCAUCUAUCACAGGAACAAGUUACAUUUCUUAAUCGUGGACCAACCUAUGUUCCAUCAUGUCAAAUACAUAUUUUAUCAAAAUCUUCUUUAGUACUGGCUCAAAUCGUUACGAAACAAAUGGCACCACUUCAACGAGAACUUUCAAAACUUUUCAUCAAAUAUCCAAUCGAUCUCUCUCGUCAAAUGCAUUUUGAAAACGGGAUUGAACAAUUAUUCAAUAAAUCAUUUCUUCAACCUAUACCUUCUGUACUUGAAGAGCGUGCACUCUAUGAAAAACAGCUCAUUCUAUCAAUUAGAUAUCAAUUAAAUAAAGAUCAAUUGAUUCUACGGCGAACCGCUGAUGAGAUGAAUACAUAUUAUCUUGGUCGAUUGAAUGAAUUUAAUCAAAAAUCGAAUGAAUAUAUUCAGAAUUCAACUUGUUACGAACUGAUUGAAACAAUUAAUGAAAUUAAUACAGAACAACAACAAUUAGAAGGAAUUAUUCAAUCUAUUGAUUUACAACUGGAAAUAUUAUAUCAAAGAAAAUUGAUUAAAGAAGAUCAUUUAAUCAGAUUAAGUAUUGGCAAAAAAACAAAUAUCAAUCUUCCAUAUCUUUAUUUCUUACCAGAAACGAAUGAAAAUAUUCAUAUGUCAGUACAACCACGACUAUCAUCAUGUCAGCAUUGUCCAAUAUAUACUCUAGCUACUUAUCUUAAUCAAUUUCUUCGACCAUUAUUUGAUAAUUUUUCACGAUCAACAACAUUUCUUAAUGGUGGUGAUUUUAUACAAAAACUACAAUAUUAUUGUCUACAACUAGAUCUUCUUCUACCGAAAACAUAUUUUGCAACAUUUAAAAUUCAUGAUUUAUAUACGAAGAUAUCACAUUCGGCUCUUCUUGAAGCAUUAAAUAUAUUUCUAAUGAAUCCACUUGUCAAUGGUCAACAUAAAAAAUUAUCAAGUGAUGCUAUUCAAGAAUUAACUGCAAUAGUCUUACAAAAUAAUGUUUUCUCUUACAAUGGAAAAAUCUAUCGAUUUAUUUAA